AUGGCGGUGACGGAGGCAGCCGCGGCGGCGGUGGAGGAGGUGGCACCCGCUCCGACCGAGGUCGAGCCGGCGGUGGAGCUGGUGGAGGAUCCGGCGCCAGCGCCAGAGGAGCCUGCCUACGCGGCCGCCCCGGCCGCGGAGCAGCCGCAGCCAAGCUACGGCCACCAGUCCGCCUAUGGUCACCAGCAGCCCGCCUACGGCCACCAGCAGCCGGCCUAUGGUCACCAGCAGCCUGCCUAUGGUCACCAGCAGCCCGCCUAUGGUCACCAGCAGCCCGCCUACGGCCACCAGCCCGCCUACGGCCACCAGCAGCCGGCCUACGGCCACCAGCAGCCAGCCUAUGGUCACUCGGCUCACGAGCCGGCCGACCCGGCCUGCUCCAAGAACACGACCAAGGAUUGGUGUCUGGAGGACUCGGAGUACCCGGCCUACCACAUCGCCCAGGCCAUCGGCUACCACCACUACACCUUCCUCAACCUGUACCAGGACGUGGUGGCCAACACCAGCAACUCGGUCGACAGGCUGGAGGCUCUGGAGGAAGAGACCUACCUGUGCGGAUCUGAGACCGCCUACGUCCAGCCGCUGAGGGCCAAGAACACCGACGGAAAGUGGAGGGUCAUCGUCAACAACGUGCAGGUGCACUAUGACACGUACACCCAGACGGCCCGCGUGGAGGAGUGCCUGUCCGCCGGCGAGCCCUGCCCCCUGGUGCCUCACUGCUACGAGUCCAGCUGCCUGCAGAAGUCCGUCUACCACAGAUUCCUGGUAUACGACGCUUACGACUACUACCUGCCAUUCGCCAUCGAGACUUUCAAGCUGCCCUCCGCCUGCGCCUGCUCGCUGGGAGCUUACGAAAUCACCCACUAGAUGUCUCUGCCAGGCACCUCGGCAUCGCUCUUCGGCACGGACGCAUGUCGUGAGAGAUUUGCUCGUCUGAAAAAGCGGAUAUGCUAAGAAAUCGCUGGUAUAACGUGAGUUACCGCACUUUUGUGCAACCGUUUUGUCAGUGUUAAGUUAUUUGUCUUGUAUUUAAAUCGAUUCAGAGGGCAGCAAGAGGCUGUCCAAUGCGUAAGUGGAUAAAUUUUGAUGUGCCUUGUAAGGUGACUCGCUUUAGAGCUGGUCACGCUCCAAAGAGUACUUGCUUUAGAGUUGGUCAUGCUCCAAAAGUACCUGUGUUGUGCUCUACAUGGCCUACCAAACUCCAACGAGGUAUUGUGUACCGGGGCAAGCAUGUUCGGACACAUUCGCGCACGUUGGCGAGACGUUGCCUCCGCAGCGGCGUUGGUUACCGGGAUGAUGUGAUGUUUUGAGCCGUGUCAGUGAAGUGGGACGUGGAAGAAUGCUGUGAUCCCACGCAAAUGACCACCUCGUGUGCUUUGUUCACAUUCGCCGAUGCUUCGUGGCUUUCAUGAGUCGCGAAGGAAUGUGUUGGACCAAUGACCUGGCAUGACUUCAUAUGAGGUCAAAAGGUGCGGCGGCAGUCUCUGGGGGGAGAUGACGUCAUAUGGCGUCCUUGCAUCGCCACCAUCGGCAGAGGUCCAUCGGUCUGGCGCGUGGGUAUGGAGCGUAUUCUGAUGACGUCACUGGGACGCAUUUGCAUUGUCGGCGUCGCGGCAAAGGCUUCGCGGUUCUGCUACAAUUGAUAGAGUAUCUCGUGCUUUUCGACACAUGCCUCCGAAGUGUAUUAAAUUUCGUGGGGACUUCGGGAACUUUGGGCAACGAUUCAACCGCUGCCAAUUACUGAAUCUAAGGUGUAUUAGUGCUUUAUGUUGUCAAUGGUGGUGUAAUGCAUUUUUAAUUGCCGGUCGUUUUUCGAAGCUUUUUUGGCAGUGAUGCUCUCAGCAGUGUUUCGAUGUUUAUGACCUGUCCGUGUGUGUUCUUGUGAGUGUGAUGGGAUUUUGAGAAUACAGGUUCAAGAGUU